UCUCUCUCCUCAACUCCUCCUCUCUGUCUGCUCGUCUUCCACUUCCCUUUCUCACUGAUUAGAUUAGAGAAGGUAGAGAGAUAGAAGAGUAAAGCCACCGCUUUCUCCGCCUUCUUUUGCUUCUCCAUUGAUCUCAUCUCUUUCCGCUUCGGACCGUCCUCCAUUGCUACUCCUCUCAAUUUCUUUCUACCUACCCACCCACCCACUGCUGCUGAGAUCCCAGAUCGAGGAAGCAAACGCCUGGGUGAACUGACAAAGUCCGUUUUUGACCCAUACCUAGCGCCCGCUCCUCCUUUCCAGCUCUUCAAUCCCUCGAUCGGUCCAUCGCGAGGUUCUUGGACUGCCUGGCCUCGCGAUGCAUCAGCAUUGUGGUAGUUUGUGGCGAGCCGGCUAAAUCUAAGCGAAUGCUCAUCGGGGUCUUUGUUAUCUGCUCGGAGCUUUGAUUCCUUAGUGGAUCAUUGGGUUAUUGGCUUGAUCUGGUAGAUCUGAGUGGAGCUUCGAUCUCGAUGAGGGCUCGAGGGUUUCGGGUUUUCUGAUUGUGGAGUGGUGUUGCUGGUGAACGGAUAAGGAAGCUGCAUUGUCGGACUCAGAAGAUGAACUCUGACACGCCUCUUGACUGUGCUGUAUUUGAGCUAUCGCCAAGGCGAUCAAGAUGUGAGCUGUUUGUCUCUGGAAACGGGAGGACCGAGAAGAUAGCUUCUGGUUUCUUAAAGCCCUUCCUCACACAAUUGAAAGUUGUAGAAGAGCAAGCGGCGUGUUCAGACAAAUUGAUAAAACUGGAAGUUGAGGGGUCCACAGGUGGCAACCGAUGGUUCAGUAAAGGAACCCUCGAAAGGUUUGUUCGGUUUGUUAGCACGCCUGAGGUUCUUGAGUCAGUCAAUACGUGUGAUGCAGAGAUGUCACAGUUGGAAGGAGCCAGGCAAAUUUAUUCACAGGGUGCAGGGAAACUUUCUGGUAGAGCAGGCGAAGAUGAUACCAGUUCUGUAGCAGCUGCGGAUGUAACAAAGAAUGAGCUUCUAAGAGCCAUUGAUUUGAGGCUUGUCACUCUUAAGCAAGACCUAGCCACAGCAUGUGCUCGGGCUUGUUCUGCUGGAUUUUCCAUUGAUAAUGCCUCUGAGCUUCUUCUCUUUGCUGAGUACUUUGGUGCAAUUCGUCUAAUUGAGGCAUGCAACAAAUUCAUUUUGAUUUGCCAAAAGCAUCCCGAUCUCCCUGCCCAUCAGUCACAGUCUCUGCAUCAUCAUUUGAAAAGCUUUGCUGAGCAGAACCUCCGUUCCUCCUCAAGCUCGGACAUGUCUGUAGAUGAGCUAGAGUUGCAACUUAGUACUGGUAAUCCGCCUGAUGAUGGUGAUCCUCAUCAUCACAAUGCUAACAGCCAAACAUCAGGGACAGAGUCGACAGUGAUAUCAGGUACGUCUCAGAAAGCCAUGUCCAUCCUACGGCAGAAGGCAGCAUCAGAGGAGCCUAUUUCUUCUGCUUCAUCAGCUAAUGAGCCAGCUCAGCAGGAUCGAGGGGGAUUUAGACGGCUAAGUGUGCAGGAUCGGAUCAACCUCUUUGAAAACAAGCAAAAGGAGCAGUCAGCAAACUCUGGAAAUGCCACUUCUGCAGGUGUUAAUAGGGUAAUAUCAGGUAAAGGCCAUAGGAGGCUCUCUUCUGAUGUUUCAGAUAAGUCAGUGUUGAGAAGGUGGAGUGGUGCUAGUGACAUGAGUAUCGAUCUUACGAGCAGCACCAGUUACAGUAUUAAUGAUGUUAGAGGAAGUGGGAGUACCGUUGAAACACCUACUUCUACCAACUUACAGCCUCCAUUGAUAGUUAAAACUGAGACUAAGGCCCCAGGGUCAAGGGAUACUGUCACAUCACAAGGUUUCUUGGAUCAAAGAUCAACAGAUAUUUCCUCUUCUUUACAUUACCAGAACAAAGGAUUUUAUGGUGAUGGAGAUGUUAACAAGGAUGAAGGUGUUGGGUCCUCUCUAACCAAGGUGAAGCCAGAUGUAGAGAAGGGCAAGCAUUGCGUCAAUGCUUCUACAGGAUGGGAUAAACAAACAAGAAUUGAUGAUGAAAAUAAUAAUAGUAUAUACCAAAAAACCUUUCUAGAUAACAGAAACAAUACUGAUUUGGGAAAUCUUGCAAUUUCUACCUUACAGUCAAAAGAAGAGGGCCAAUUUCAAAUGAAAGAUCAAACGGCACAUUUUGAAAUAGGACAAACUCAAUCUGCCAUUGCUGAGCACAUUAAUCGGAAAGAUCAAGAAAUUGUGCAUCCCCGGACAAGAGAAACUCUUGGAAGAGAUGGAGCUGGUACAAAAAAUCAAGGAAAUUUAGUUAGCCAAUCCCGGACAUUUGGUAGAAAAACAGGUGCAGAAGUGAAAGAAAUGAAAGCAAAAGGUCCAUUUGGUUCUCAGGUUCACCUGAAAGUUUUAUCUGGUUCACAUUCAGAAAGUGAUUUACAGGCUUCUCAAUCCCAGGGGAAAAUUCUCCCUGUGAAAGUGGAAGAAGCUGGAGCUAGAAAUGCUCCUGCUUUUCAUGUACCUUCUAAAAAUUCUCAAGUUAAAACAAAAGAAGACACCUAUAACAUGGAAAAAAGAAUUCAGCAAAAAUUAUCUGUUUGUGAAACAAACAUAGAUGAACUAAAAAAUAACGAAACAAAUUCUACACCAGCUUUACCGUCUAGAAUGUCUAAGAAAGCACUGGAUGGAAUUGAACCACCUUCUGCCCAUGGGAUGGAGCAGCUUCAAGUUACCAAGCAAUCAAAAGGAAAUCAGGACCUAAAUGAUGAACUAAGAAUGAAGGCUAAUGAGUUGGAAAAACUUUUUGCUGCACAUAAGCUCAGAACUCCUAGUGAUCAGACAACUAAUAAUUGGAGAAGCAUACCUGUGGGACUUGAGGAUCAGGUUCCUGUCUCUAUGGAUAAAAGACAUGCAAUAAUACCCACUGAUCACUUGCUUAAGAAAUCCUUGAGGGAAACUUCUGAAAAGGAAAUGGAAAUUGAUUCUGCAUUCAUGAAACCGAUGGCAGGUAAAAAAGAGUAUGGUUCUGUUGAUGAAAAAUUUGACAACUUCAGCUCAUCAGAUGAUUCAAGAGGAAAGUUGUAUUAUGCAUACAUGCAAAAACGGGAUGCUAAGCUAGUGAUUGAGUGGCAAACAGAAAGGGCUCAAAAGGAAGCAAAAAUGAAGGCAAUGCGAGAGAGUUUGGAACACAGUCAGGCUGAAAUGAACUCGAGAUACUCAGGGUCUGUUGUUAGACAGGUUUCAAACAAAACUUAUCUUCGUGGAGAAAAAGUGAGAUCUUUUGGCAAAAGACGGAAUGAGGCUGUUGAAUCUGUUGCUGAAGGGGAGGAAGACUUGGACAAACUAUAUGAACAAGCGGGUCAUGGCCAACAAACAUCUUAUAAUAUGUUUGCUAAUAAUAUUAAAGGCUUGAAGCUUUUACCUAACAAAGCUUUGUCUUCUUCCACACCUCGUACACCAGUAUCUUCAAAUCCUAAGCCUUCUGUUAAAUCUACCAAAUUAGUUUCUACAAAGAGCAGGUCACCAACUGAAAAUCCUCAUGCUGAAUCAGUCCCUAACUUCACCGACUUCAGAAAGGAAAAUAAAAAGCCAUCAGCAGCAAUUAACAGGGUAAGUACAAGAGAGAGAACUAAAAUUCUUUCUAGAAGCAAGAGCAUUGUGGAAGAGACUAACCUUGUUAUGGAAGACAAGUCACAUAGGUCUCAGUCCAUGAGAAAAAGUGCAGCAAUGCCCGGUGAAUUGGACCUUUCUUCUCUCAAUUCUGAUCUUCCUGAUACUUCACUCACUGGAUUUGAUAGGCCACACACAGAUUCAGUUUUUACCAAUAAAGCUCAAAAGAGUAAGCAGCCCAAGUCUUUUGUUAGGAAAGGGAAAGGUGCAAGUCCUAGUUCAGGAGUUAGCAUUUCCAAACCUAAUGUUUCAGGGGUGAAUAAGGAUGGAGAGUAUUAUGAAAGUAUAAUUCAGCAAGGCAAUUUACCUGAUUUGAAUAACGAUAUACAUGAGAGAUCAUCUGCUCAAGGAGAUACUGAGAUUGCUGAUUAUCCGCUUGAUACAGAUAGUGAAAAGCUAAGGCAAAGUCAAGAAUAUGAAAACUCUGAUGAUUUUGGCUCAGAAGAUGGUGAUUUUCAGUCACUUUCCCAAGUUGAUUAUGGUACAGCUCCUGUUUCCCCCAAGUUUAAGCAUUCUGCAGGGAAUGUAGAAGUGUCACCAGGAGAAAGCCCUCGAUCAUGGAAUUCUAAUGUCCACCUUGACACAUCAGAUAUUGAUGUUUGUGCAGAUUCACCUAUUGGCAGUCCACCAUGGAGCUUAAACCCAUUAAAUCAAAUGGAGUCAGAUGCUUCUCGGAUAAGAAAAAAAUGGGGAAGUGCCCAGAUGCCUGUGAUUGCUGCUAAUGUAUCGCAACACUCACGCAGGGACGUUACAAAAGGGUUCAAGCGAUUACUGAAAUUUGGAAGGAAGAGUAGGGGGGGUGUAGAGAGUCUAGUCUCUGAUUGGGUUUCUGCUUCAACAGCUUCUGAAGGUGAUGAUGAUACUGAAGAUGGUCAUGAUGUGGUAAGCCGACCGUCAGAAGAUUUGAGGAAGUCUAGAAUGGGUCAUUCACUUGCCCAUGGUGGAUUCAAUGAAGGAGAGAUGUUUUCUGAACGGGCUGAAUCAUUGCGCAGCUCCAUCCCAAACCCUCCUGCAAAUUUCAAACUCAGAGAGGAUCAUCUGGCUGGAAGCUCGCUGAAAGCGCCUCGAUCUUUCUUCUCGCUAUCUUCAUUUCGGAGCAAGGAAAACAAGCUCAGGUGACAGUCGAUUACCCAGAAGCUAAGAGUCUGAUAUGGCUUAGUUACACAUUGUUCCAAUUUUCCAAUAGAUCCAUUACAAUGGCUUCAGUGAUGAAUUAUUGUCUUUCAUGAGUUCCUAGCUCCCUUGCCACUCUCUUUAGAUUUGGUUGGUCGUAAUCUACUAGGCUAACUUGUCAAUUAGCACGGCAAUGUUGAAUGGCCCGAGGUGCAGUCUUGUUAAUUUUCCACAUGUGGCGUGCCUUUUUUAUGUAUAAAAAUAUUAUUUGAACUACAGCCUGCAACUUUACGGUGCUCGUAAGCAGUGAUUUUCGACAAAUGAAAUGGCAUUUUACUCUUCA